GGGUGGGCAAAUUUCAAGAUGGCGGCGCCGCAUUGCUACAGACGGAGGAAUUUAAACACCGGUUUCACCGAAUUCGUAACACCAGAAGCUUUCCCAGACUCUCAGGUUGGAUCUCCAAAAAGCCAUACUCUUGAAUUUGAUGAUGGUGCUUUGGGAUGUACUUCAAGCACCUUUCAUAGCAGCCUGGAACCUUCCAUUUUAUCCAUCUUUGAGGAUUCAUCUGCUGAAGAGGCAAAGAUCCAGAUAGAUGAGGAAAGUGAAGCAUCGCUGCUAUCUGCUUUCUCUGAGAUGCUGGACAGCGUAAUCGAAGACACCCUGUCCCCUUUUGACACACUUCCUGACUCGAAACUUUUUAUGGGUCAAAGGUGUCAGGACUCCAGAGUGAGGUUGCAUGGUCUGGACAGAGAAGCAGCUCCUCGGGUCACUAGAUCCUUCACACCCUCGAAUUCAAAAGCAGAGGGCCUUCAUUCAGACAGGCAGUUGAGACCAAGGGUCCAUCGCAGGACCCAAACUGCCACCGUACAGAGAAGUGAUGGUGAGGAGGAGGACCUCAGUGAGACCAGGAGACGCCCUGUGAGAACCUUCCGCAUUGAGUCUGACCCAGAAAUGUAUGAGGACGAGCAACAGGACGGAUUCGUAACUGUAUCACUGGUGGACCUGGUCAAACACAUGCAUCCAUACAGCCUCAGAGUAGCCGUUGAUAAAAAAGAAAGUCUCAGGGAUGUUGAGGAGCUUCAGGAGGAGGAUGUGUUUGUGGAUGUUGUGGGUGAUGACGACACACAGGAGACAUCUUUGGGCAUGCCUGUGGCCAGCACACUGAGCAAUACCUCUGAUCUGGGUUCAGAGCAGAUAGUUCCCCAUGCACAAAGUCCUACAGUACACAGUGCUGUUCAUAACUCCAAGGUGUGUCAGGAGGACAUGCUGAAGAUGUGCUUGCCCAACUCUGGGGAACAAAAGGAGGAGGAUACCGCUCAGAGAGUCCUUGCUAAGGCGGGUAGUUCUGGGAGAAUGAAGAAGAAGGUGAGAUUUGCCCCUGAUUUAGCAUCUAUUCAUAUGUACCAGGUUGAAGAUGAAGCAUACGAAUGUGAUGUCCUAGAUGCCUCAACUUCAGCAGACCACACAGGUGACCUCCAAAUGGCAGAUUGUGAUUCCCAAACCUCAGCUUUAAGUGGGAACUUGACCGAAGUAGCAAAGGAGCCACCAUCUCAAAAUGGCAACGCAAAACUCAAAACGCUCAGCCUUCAGGAAUACCGUCUUCUCCGACAGAAGAAGCUCCCAAAGGAAGAGAGAAAAACAGACUACAGAACCAAGUGGCCUUCAGUACCCGAGACCCCUAAAGAGCUCCCUCCCAUUCCUUGUAUACCAGGUUACAACUCAUCUCAGGUUAACGUUCAAAAUCCAUCUUCUAACGCAGAGACCUCAACUCUAGGAGCUGUGGCCAAGUCUAGAAGAAACCUUCACCUGCCCGUGAAAUCCCUCUCAAAAGAAAACGCAUUAAUCAGAAAGCCUGUGCAAGCUGUCGACCCACCAAACCCUGUCACUGUGUCCCUUCAGCCACAUGCAAAGAUCUUACCACCUCUAUCUGAGGAGCAAAAGGUUAUGCAACAGGAAAUUGGCCAGUCCCAGGCAAUCCAGACAAAUCUGAACCAUCCUGCAGCAGUGCAGGACUCAGACAUUCGGAAACAGCCCAGUUCUGUCGCUCAAGUACAGCCGUCGAUGGUUUCACCUGAGGAUUCCCAAAGUGCUAAAGUUAAGCAAACAAAGUGUUCCCUAACAAUUUCUGGCAUUGUUAAAACCAACAUUGCUGCUACAUCCUCACCUGUGUCAGUUAUACCAGUGCAAGGGUCUCAGGAAAGUCUGCCUCUAGUGCAGAUACCAGUGAGCAACCAGUCUGCAGAGGAGAAACGACAAGAAUCUACUGGGGAAAUAGGAAUAGAGGCUACUGAUGUAACCAGUCUUCUGGAGCAAUUUGAGACACAGGGAUUCACUCCUCCUGCAACUCCUCCCCAUCAGAUCUGGAAGCCCUUAACACCAACUCUGAAAGCAAAGCAACACGAAGCCACUAAACCAUCUCCCAGCAAAACCAUCCAAAUCAUUGAGCCUAAGCCACUGCCCCCCAGUAAGAUUCAGUCAAAGCCCCAACCUACAUCCUCCAUCCCUGCCCCGAGUCUGUUUCUAGCAUUUAUAGACCAUGACUACUGUGCCACUCAGGACUUCAAACUCGGCAAGAAGAGAGCACUUUCUGAUGUUUAUAUGCACAACAGAUCUAAAGAAUCAAGGAAUCAUUUGAGCCAUAUGCCCAUGGAUAACAGGACUUGCUGUGUGGGUGAGCGUCUCUCUGGCUCUGUUCUGCUGUCCCCAGACAGCUCCCCCUGCAGAUUGGAGGCCAGAAGCAUGGGUGAAUAUAUGGAAGCAGAAGCAGUUAGGCGUUCGCGCUAUUCAUGUUCCCUGAGUCCUCCAGCCAGAGGAAGGGUAAGGAGGAGGCAUUACCGUGGGAGGUAUCAUCAUUCUGACUCCAGUUCAAUGUCCUCUUCCCGUUCUCCUUCCUGCUCUUCUUCGGCUUCAUCAUGUUCACCACCCAGAAAGAGGUACAGAUCACGGCACUCGGCGAGCAGCUCAAGCUCCUCGUCCCGCUCCAGUUCACAGUCACUCUCCCCCUCUCCGAUCCGAGGACAGCGACGCUGCUACCGUCGAUCACAAUCCAGAUCCUUCAGCCGCUCGCGAUCCCGCUCCCACUCUCCACAACCAGACUGGAGGCAGAAGUGGAGCAGAUGGAAGAGGCAGAGGGAAUACUAUCAUCCGAGUCAAGGAGAAGAUGCUUUCAUGGCGGCCAAGCAGAAAGCUAUUGAAGAACGCAGGGUGGUGUAUGUGGGAAGAAUACGUGGCACGAUGACCGAGGAUGAGCUCAGGGAGCGCUUUGCACUGUUUGGGAAGAUUGAGGAUUGCACCGUCCACUUCAGGAGUCGUGGCGACAACUAUGGAUUUGUUACAUAUUACAACACAGACGAUGCAUUUGCUGCCAUUGAGAAGGGGACAAAGUUGAGGCAGCCGGAUGAGCUCCCAUUCGAUAUUUGCUUCGGUGGGAGACGACAGUUCUGCCAGUCAAACUACAUGGAUUUAGAUUCUAACCGUGACAUGGACCCAGCCUCAGGAAGGAGCAAGGAUAACACACUCGACUUUGACACUCUGCUGAAGCAAGCCCAGCGAGGGCUAAAGACGUAGCACAGUCCUCCAGGACGAUGUAGGGAUGGACUGAAGGGUUGAAAAAUAAAUAUGGAGCAUGUUCGACACAAACCAAGCAAUUACCUCAGAACUCCCAAAGAGCUUGCACUUAUACUUACACUAAAUAUAACUUAAUAUGUAGCAUUCAUAUUUGACAUUGAAGUAAAAAAAAACCUUCUGUUGAAGUGCAUAUAAUGGAGAAAAAAAUUUAAGUAUAUAAAAACAGAAAAGCAUUAAAGGAUAUUAAAAAAAAAAAAGCAUCAGAAUUUAAGUGUUUUCGAUAAUGGCCGUAUCAUUACGAAGUCAUUUUUUUCUAAGUUGGAAUGAAAAAAGGUGGCUGUUUUUAUGUUGAAUAAAAAAAUAAAGAAUGCUUGAACAUCA